AUGGUGUCUGAUGAGCCCCGACUCAAUUCUCAGCCUUUUACACCAAGCCCAUUGUUUCAGAUAGCCGCCUCUCCUGCUUUAUCCUCAGACUCUAUGGGCAGGUCGGAGUCGAUGUCGAAGUCACUUCACCAUCUCCCUACUUGUGCCAUGGCCGUUAACAAGGCGGUAAAUAGUAAAAGUGAAACUUCUGCUAGCCUAGACUCUUCUCCAAAAGAGAAUUCAUCUCUCCUACCAAUUUCGCAAAAAACUUCGCGACUAUCUCGUUCCAACCGUAGGCGAAACCGACGUGCCGAGCCCAAACCAGCUAGCUUAUCUGUUGUCAAUGCCCUUAUUUCGCCAUUGGCUGUUGACGUACGUUCAUGUGAACCUGAUGAGGAGCCGAGGCAUGCAAGCGAGCCUGUAUAUCGUGAUUCAGAGGCUGAGUUAGAUGGCUACAGUUAA